AUGGCUGCAUCAUACCCGCGCCCCGACUUCCAGCGUAAAGCCCUGAACUGGGUCUCCCUCGACGGAGCAUGGGACUUCAUCUUCGAUGACGCCGACAUAGGCCAGUCGCAACAAUGGCAACACCAAGGCAUCCCAGCCCAAGCAGACAACAGCCAGAAACGGGAGAUCAAAGUACCCUAUGCAUUCCAGACCCUCGCGUCUGGCAUUAACCUCUACGAAGCCCACGAGGUAAUGUGGUACGAGCGCAGACUGCAAGACAUCCGCACCGCGGACGAGAAAGCCCGCGGAAACAGACUCCUUGUCCGCUUCGGCGCCAUCGACUACGAGUGCACCGUCUGGGUGGACGGCAAUCUCGUCGGCGGCCAUCAGGGCGGCCAUGUCCCCUUCGACGUGGACGUCACGGAUGCAUUCCGCUCAGAGACGACGACCGCGCGGUUGACCCUGCGCGUCAGGGACUCGCCAUAUGACUUGGCCCAACCGCGUGGGAAACAGUUCUGGAAACCUGUUCCGGAAAAUAUCUUCUACACUCCCACGGGUGGCAUCUGGCAGUCCGUCUGGGUUGAGAGUGUGCCCGCUAUGCGGUUGGCCUGCGGUAGCGGCGGGACUGUUCUCCGGUCGGAUGAUAUUGGGAGUGGAGAGCUUCAUGCUCACAUCGCGGUGUCUGACCGGAAGGCGCGUGCUGAGUGUAGUGUUGAGAUUGAGGCGAGUCUUGGUGGGAGCUUGGUUGGCAAGAACAAGGCUUCGCUUCCUGCGGAGCGGAACUGGGCUACUGUGGAUCUGAGCAUGAAAGUUCCUAAUGCUGCAGAGCUGCGGAGUGAAGCGCCAUUCAAUGUUGAUGGAGCUUGGCAUGAUGGUGUGGCUCUCUGGUCGCCGGAGCAUCCGAUUCUUUAUGAUUUGGUUCUGCGUCUGUACGAUGCUUCGGGAAAGGUGGUUGAUGAGAUCGAGACAACGACUGGCAUGCGCAGUCUAUCCUGGACCACUGGCGAUGGCACUUUCCGACUGAACGGCAAGCCUCUCUUCCAGAUGUUGUGCCUGGAUCAGGGCUACUGGCCCGAGACAGGCAUGACGCCUCCUUCCUCCGAGUCUUUGAAGGCCGAUAUUGAGAUGGCGAAGGCAGUGGGAUUCAAUGGAUGCCGCAAGCAUCAGAAGGUCGAAGACCCGAGAUUCCACUACUGGGCCGACCGGCUGGGUUUCAUCGUUUGGGGUGAGAUGGCCAAUGCCUAUGAGUUCGGAAGUGACUAUAUCGAAAGAAUGAAUAGCGAGUGGACCGAGGCUGUGAAGAGAGAUCUCAACCAUCCAUGCAUCAUUACCUGGACACCGAACAAUGAGAGCUGGGCCUAUACUUCCCUGAAGGAUAAUAUUGGCCAGCGCAACCACAUCCGCUCACUGUACUACCUGACCAAGACCCUGGACCCUAGCCGUCCCAUCAACGACAACUGCGGCUGGGAGCACGUCUUGACUGACCUCACCACAUACCACGACUACGCCGACUCCCCAGAGUUAUCAGCCACAUGCUCAAAGAUGGAUGGGGGGAUUCUAGGCCCAAAGGCAGGCCACGACAUGUUCACCAAGCCGAUCUAUUCCGGUUUCUCCGGACACACCCUCCUGGACCCGGGUGCCCAGCACAAAGCAGGCGCACCCGUGAUUUGCACCGAGUUCGGCGGCGUCAACAUCGCCCCAGCCAAGGAUGCUAAAGCUGGAGAGCGGGACUGGGGAUACACUACCGCCGCUGAUGAGGAAGACCUCUUGAGGCGCUUUGAGAAGCUGGUUAUGAGUGUCGUGAAGGGUGGGCAUACCUGUGGUAUGGUGUACACGCAGCUGUGUGAUGUUGAGCAGGAGGUUAAUGGGUUGUACUCCUAUGAUCGCAAGGCUAAGGUUCCCGUUGACAAGGUCAAGGCUAUUAUGGAUGCUGCUAGUGACUACUAUUAUCAGCAUUUGCAAGCUCAAGGACCGAAGGGUUUGAAGAAGCUUUUGCAUUCUCUGCACCGGAGCUAA